AUUGAGACGAUGCAUAAUAAUAUAAGUAGUAAUACAAACAUAUUCAUCAUCAUGCAAAACCCUUAAUUAGCAACAUGGAUGCUGUUUUUGCCCUCUCUCAAGCUCCCAGAGCUCAUUUUCUCCGUUCUCUCAUCCAAUCUUUUGCCUGCACUUACGUUUCUCUAUGGCAACACUCACUUUUAUCCAAGUAUAUAUCUCUCUUUAUAUUUCGUUUGUUCUUUCUUGAUGGUUUCUACAAUGCUCUCAACAACAAACCAACUUCUUCUCAAAGCCUUUUUCAUCAGUAUGGGGCUUUAACGUUUGAUGUCAGUGAUGAUCUGGAAAACGCUUUUACCUUUUCCUUUUUUUACCAUUUUAGGUGUGUUCCAGGACUUGCUUUCAAGAAUCAACUUCCCUACAUACAACUCAAACUCUCGGAUCUCCUACCAAUCACAUCCACCCAAAUUCAAGCACAAUUCUUUCAAGAAGCAGGGAUUGAGAUGGCUGUCUUCAUGGGGUGCAAAGAGGGAGAAAUCGAACUUGGCUUCUCCAACAUUCCUCAAGCUGACAUUGAGACAGCCCUUAAGAAUUUAUUCCCAGAAGAUUUCUAUAUGCGUUUCCAAUCAAUUGAUCAGAAUCCAUAUUCAUCGUCAUCAUCUUCUUUUAUAAUAUCAUCUACAAAUACCUUUAAUCAAUCAAUCAAUGUUCCGGGAACUUCCCACUCCAACUUCCCUGAUGCCCUCGGUGUGGGUCCCACACAACCGAUUUCUCACCAACCAUUGUCUCAAGUCAUUCCAUUUCCAAGCCAUUUACCGACACCAGAGGGUGAACAUCAAGAAAUAGUAAGAGCAUUAAUCCGAGUCCUGUCUUCAACUUCUCAGCAGGAGCUUUCCCAUCAAGUUUUGCCUCAUAAUUCUGUAAAACACCCUGGAGCUGCCGAUGUCGUGAGAUAUAUACCAGAUUCAAAUAUAAACCCACACAUGGAGUCCAACUUUAGCAGGCGAAACCUGCAGAAUACAUCAUUUCCAUUGCUUAAAAACUUAAAUUCAAAGAGAAUGAGAGAACGCCAUACUAUUAAACCAACCCACCCCAUUAGUUCCCAGAAGUACUAUCACACGGUAUCCGAAAGAAAACGUCGUGAAAAACUCAGUGAGUGUUUUCAGGAACUCAGCGCACUUCUUCCUCUUGGAACAAAGACAAACAAAAGGUGGGUUCUUACAGCAGCAAAGGAGACGAUGAGAUCUUUGAUGGUUGAAAUUGAAGAGCUUAAGAUGAGAAAUGAGCAGCUGAUGAGAGUUUUGUCAGGCAAAGAAGUUGGUAGUAGUAGGGAGGAAGACAGAGGCAGGUCCUAUAAUGAAAGAUUGAAUAUUCGGGUUUUGCAUGCAUCAGAAUCGAGUUCAUCAGAAGAGCAAAUGGUGAACUUGGAAGUGACGGUGAGAGAACAAAGCAGUGAAGUUAAUGUAUUGGUUCGCAUAUUGGAGUUCUUAGAAAGGGUUCAGAACGUAACCUUGAUUUCCACGAACACAAACCUCCAUAUUACAGAAGGAGGGACAGCCAUUAAUGUAUUAACCUUCAGGCUGAGGAUUAUUGAGGGUAGUGAAUGGGACGAGGUUGGCUUCGAGGAAGCAGUAAGAAGAGUGGUUGCUGACAUAACACAUCGUGAAUUCUACCCAUAA